AUGUGUUACAAUGGAGGAUACUAUGGAGGCCUAGGCUAUGGCUAUGGCUGUGGCUAUGGCUGUGGCUAUGGCUGUGGCUAUGGCUGUGGCUAUGGCUGUGGCUAUGGUAGCUAUGGUUAUGGCUGUUGCCGCCCACUGUGCUGUAGAAGAUACUGGUCCUAUGGCUUCUAUUGA